AAGUUGGUCGCGGCGAGCGAACGAGUCUCGCGAGUGGAGCGGCGCUAAGCCGCAACGACUCGCUGCACGCGCCUAUCGCGAUCUAAUAAAUAAUUAUUUUAAAUACAUAUGAACGUUUUCGAUGCCUUUUUUGUGUCUACAAUAUUUAUUUGGAAAUUUUGAAAACUUUUAUAAACAUUGAACUUUUGUGAUAAGUUUAUAAACAAUGCAGUGUUAUCCAAAGUUGUCGCCCAAGCGCGAGCCUAUGGAUCCUUACGAGAUGGAGAUGAUGGGUGGCGGGAGACGGCUGGAACUCCCGGCGCCACCUGGCAAGGAAUUUCGAGCGCCGUGUCUGAUGCCGCCAGCGCCACCGCCGCCUGUUCAGUCGGUCAUCCAGUGCAUGCGACCUCCUCCGCCACCGCCGCCACCACCGCGUAUCCACAAGCCUUCGCUCUUCGAAGAGCCGUCCAGCUCCAUUCCUGAUUUAGAGUUCGAUGGUACAACAGUGCUGUGCCGCGUAUGUGGUGAUAAGGCCAGUGGUUUCCAUUACGGCGUGCAUUCCUGUGAAGGUUGUAAGGGGUUUUUCCGACGGUCCAUACAACAGAAGAUCCAGUACAGACCGUGCACCAAAAACCAACAGUGUUCUAUCUUAAGGAUAAAUAGAAAUCGGUGUCAAUAUUGCCGACUGAAAAAAUGCAUCGCCGUUGGAAUGAGCAGAGAUGCUGUUCGAUUUGGACGUGUUCCGAAACGGGAGAAAGCACGUAUAUUAGCUGCAAUGCAGCAAUCCUCAUCAUCGCGAGCUCAAGAGCAAGCGGCCGCAGCGGAAUUAGAUGAUGCACCACGGUUACUAGCGCGAGUGGUGCGCGCUCAUCUCGAUACCUGCGAGUUUACGCGUGACCGCGUGGCCGCCAUGCGUGCCCGAGCUCGCGACUGUCCCACCUACUCGCAACCCACUUUGGCUUGCCCCCUCAACCCUGCGCCUGAAUUGCAGUCCGAGAAGGAAUUCUCCCAGAGAUUCGCGCACGUCAUUCGUGGCGUGAUUGACUUCGCCGGCCUAAUCCCCGGCUUCCAGUUACUCACUCAAGAUGACAAGUUUACAUUGUUAAAAAGUGGUCUAUUUGACGCUCUAUUUGUGCGGCUAAUUUGUAUGUUUGAUGCUCCGCUCAAUAGCAUAAUCUGCCUCAACGGACAAUUAAUGAAAAGAGACUCUAUUCAGAGCGGUGCUAAUGCGCGUUUUCUUGUGGACUCUACAUUUAAAUUCGCGGAACGUAUGAACUCUAUGAACUUGACCGAUGCUGAAAUCGGUUUAUUCUGCGCUAUAGUUUUAAUCACUCCUGAUAGGCCGGGACUACGCAAUAUUGAAUUGGUUGAGCGAAUGCACGCGAGACUCAAGGCGUGCCUGCAGACCGUCAUCACCCAAAACAGACCUGACAGACCUGGCUUCUUAAGGGAACUUAUGGAUACACUUCCAGAUCUUCGCACACUGAGCACACUUCACACUGAGAAGCUUGUCGUGUUUAGAACAGAACACAAGGAAUUAUUAAGACAACAAAUGUGGGGUGAAGAGGAAGGUUGCCCUUGGGCUGACUCCGUUGCUGAAGAAUCUGCUAGAAGCCCGAUCGGUUCCGUGUCUAGCAGCGAAUCUGGUGAAGUUGUAAAUGACUGUGGCACGCCUUUGCUAGCCGCGACAUUAGCGGGACGGAGACGUCUAGACUCCCGCGGCUCAGUUGAUGAAGAAGCACUUGGCGUAGCUCAUCUGGCACACAACGGCCUGACCGUCACACCCGUGCGGCCGCAGCCUCGCUACAGAAAGCUAGACUCACCCACUGAUUCCGGUAUUGAGUCUGGAAAUGAGAAACAUGAAAGAAUUAUUGGACCCGGUUCUGGGUGCUCCAGCCCACGAUCUUCUCUAGAGGAGCAUCUUGAAGACAGGAGACCUCCUAUGCCAAAUGACACACGUCUUGAUGAUAUGCCAGUACUCAAGCGUGUCUUGGAGGCUCCUCCACUAUAUGAUACAUCCUCUUUGAUGAACGAGGCUUACAAGCCACACAAGAAAUUUAGAGCCAUGCGUCGCGACACAGGCGAAGCUGAAGCCAGAGCGGUGCCAUUAACUCCAUCACCCCAGCCACCGCACCAUCCACACCCGGCGAGCCCGGCACAUCCGGCACACUCUCCCAGGCCGGUGCGAGUCUCUCUGUCUUCAACCCACUCCGUGCUAGCGAAGAGCCUCAUGGAAGGGCCUCGCAUGACUCCUGAGCAGCUAAAACGCACCGACAUCAUCCAGCAGUACAUGCGGCGCGGUGAGGUGGCGAGCGGCAGCACGUCUUCUGCCGAUGGUUGCCCUCUGCGUACAGGGUUACUCUCGUGCUACCGUGGCGCAUCUCCCGCGCCCGAACCCGUCUUGGAGCUGCAGGUGGACGUAGCUGAUGCGCCGCUUAAUCUCUCAAAGAAGUCGCCGUCGCCGCCGCGCCCAUACAUGCCGCGCAUGUUGGAGGCGUGAGGGCGGCCCGCGGAGCCCCAGGUCUCCGCUACCUCACCCCGACUUACUUUGAAUUAAACAAACUUUGUAGUUAAUGAUCGUUCGCAAAUCGGUUAAUAUAUUAUAUGUGAUAAUUCGUUUAAGGCGCGUGGUUGCGUGGCCGGUGCGGGACGAGGAGAGCGCAAUAGACUGAAUAAUAAUUUAAGACUAUAUAAGUUAAUUUAUAAUGCAUUGCAGCGCCGGUCGCAGUGUGUUUGUGAAAUGUGUGUAACGUAUGUGCGUAUGUGAGCGUGCUCAGUCAUUUGUUUGUUAAUUAUAAUGACAGGUUGUCGAAAUAAAAUAAAACAAACUUGUAAAAUUUA